UUUGUUACACAAUACAUAAAUUGAACUUGUUUCAUGCAGUUUCUUUGUUUAGGAUGUUUCGCUCUGCUUUUUGGCAGCUUCUCUGCUUGGUUUGGCCUUUAUUAAGUGCAGGCCUAGUUCACGAAUGCAAUUUCGAUGGGACAGGACUGGUCAAACGAAAUCUAUCCUCCUCCUCGUCAUCGAUUCUUCUUUCUCAGCAGCUUCCUGCUUCGAGAGCCAGCUCUCAUUCGUGCAUUGUAACAGCAGCCCACAGUGACAGUUUUCUGCGAGUCAAGGCGAACGCCCUCGGUGAAAUAUCUGGUAAGUCUCUAUUUUUCUCAAUAAAGGCGAUAGUUAUGAUGUUUGAAAUUAACCUUUGUGUCACGAGAAUCAAAGAUUUUCAGAACGCGGAAAGAAUCACAAGCGAGCGCAACUGCUUGCGGUUCCGCGCGAGUUAAGGCGCAUUUUUACACUUGAGUGAAAACGCUUGCUAAUCAGGCGACACCUUUGCUUUGCUCUGUUUAGUAUAGCCUUUGUAUACCUUAUAUUGUAUCGGCUUAAUCACUGUUUCCUUGCAUGGUUGAUUGGAAAGUUAACGUUCGGAUAAUGUACUGAUUUAUUCACAUCUAUUUAUAACCCCGGGCAUGAUAAACUUGUUGAUACCAACGUUGCCACCACCACUCAUAUUCUGUUUGAUUUGAUUACCAUUAUCUAUUGAUUUUAAGUAUGGCGUCUUUAAAGAGAGACGUCUGGAUGAUUUUUGUGCUGAGUGAUCCGGAAAACUUUCGCUUUCACUGUCAGUGUUAAAGUACAGUGUGACACGCGACAAUUCCGGGUUCGCGUGACAUGAGUUUGCUUCAGUGACCUCGCAGCCGUUUUCGUCUCGUCCCGCAACACUCCUCCUUUUUAAUGGGGAAACGGCUGCGAGGGAGACUAGAGUCAACCAUGAACCACUAGCCAACCUCGAGUCACGCCUGUGUUAAUUUUUGAGUUUCAUGGCCACAGAAAAGCAAUAAUUAACAGUUAGUAGAAAUUGUUUGACCUGAGUACGAAUAUGUAGUAUGAUAGGGGGAUGAUAGGUAAUCAGAAUACAGGUUUCGUAACGAAAGAAAAGCGUUCUCUAGGUAACAACUUGGUUAGACAUUUUCGUACCCAGUCUCUCUGUAUCCGCUCAGCCUGACUUAGAUAACCCCUCCCGCAGCAGCUGCUCUUUACAAACCUCGAUCAUUAACUUUCCUUAAGAAUUCCGACGCCAACUGAGGAACAGUUUCCAUUUCAACAAUUGUUAUGGAUUUACAGGAAAGUACUUGUAGCAUUUUGCACUCUAGCACUCUAGACGUAUGAAGCCAAGUGCGUAAUAUUUGUUACAAAAUUAACCUCUGUCUUCUCCACAGGCUUUGCGCUUUCCCAAGGCUCAGUGGGGAACGGCGAGAAACUACACGCGAGAACUGGAGACAAGCGAGAAGCGCGAGAGGGGGAUGAUGGGAACGAGUGUAGAGCGCGUGCGGGGAGUGAUUCCCUUUGUCCCCGCUUCACUUAAUAAUUAACUCAAAUGUCCCCCAAAAAGUGAUCGCGAGCAACUGGGUACGAGGCAGACGAAACCUUUCCCGAGGAACGACGCCUCGAUAGAAUUGCUUUUCUGUGGCCAUGAAUCUCAGAAAUGGGGAAAUAUUAGGGCUUUAAUGGAGGCUGACUUGUGUUUGGCUCUUGGCUGGUGUUUCACUCGGACUCGCGUUUGGUUCGUGAAACGACAAAAAAUAUAUGCUAAUCGAAUAAAUUUCGGACAUCUCAAAGAAAUAACUACCUCGCGAGAAGUGUCUAUCUGGCUAUGCUGUUUUUGUUUUUUUUUUUUUGCUUUUUCUCGUCGUGCGGAUUUAUUUAUUUAUGAUUUUUUGGUUAAUUAUUAAUUAGUUUAAUUAUUUUGUUAAAAACAGGAUCCCUUCAUGUGUCCGUGUUUGGAGCAACAGAUUCCUCUUUAGGUCAUCUGUAUGUACCUGUAAACGGAUCUGGAAGCACAUUGACUGCCUGUCCACAGAAAUCCAGCCGUAAGUAUCUCGUUCUUUUCACGGGAACACCAAACCUGAAAUAUUCAGCCGAAAUAUCUGACCGCGUGAGGACGAUAACAUUGAACCAAGUGGAGACUUUCGAAGCCAAGGGAACGUCAACGGUGUUCCAGUUUCAGCCAACACCCGGAAUUUCCAAACGACAACUCGAUGUUACUGUAGAGUCGAACACCGAUACCUCGGCUUACCUAAAAGUGUCUCACAACUGUGAAAGCGUAGUAAAUAACAUAAGGCAUCUGGAUUACGACAAAACAUCAAUACGGCUCACAUUUGCCAAAAAGGGGCGAAUCACUUUAUCAAAAGCAUCAAGUCCUCGGCUUGAAGACUCGGGAGACAUGUGGUUUAUUGGAGUCGCUCUUAAGCGCAACGAUACAUCUAAACUGAAGAAUGUAACAUUAACACUAAAAAGCUCCUUCGACUAUGAUUAUGGUAAGCCAUUUUAUUUCCUGAUAAGUUUAUCUCUCUUCGGGGGAAUCUUCGUCUCCCUGUGGGCGUUGUUGUGUUUUCGAGAUCCCUAUAUUCUUGUACAAGAGGAUAGUCCUGUCGAAAGCGGCUCAAGUUAUUCGUCGACCUCCAUUGCAUCGUCGACCUUUAAAGACAAUCUAAGAAGCCUGUUUUCUAGUUGUUGGAAAAGAAACGGAAGAGCCGCCGAUGAAUUAACACCACUGAUACGUGGAACUAGCUACAGACACCCACUCAAAUGGAGAGAACUAUUCGUUGCUAUGAAGGAAGUUUUGUUUGGACACUGGUUCGUCCGCGGUCCCAAAACCUUUUCCUACAUCACCUGCAUCGUUGGAUUCGUUCUCAUGGUGGGGGCUUUCCAAUUUGUCUUUGAAGACUGGAGAUCGAUGAUUGAGGAUGGCAACCGCGAUAUGUGUUUUUACAAUGACUUUUGCUAUAGAGUCAGUGGCUAUGACAUUCCAUUUAACCUGAUGAUUAGUAAUCUUGCGUACAUGAUCCACGGCUUAAUUUUAGCGUGGUCUGUGUGGGUAAUGGAAGCCGAGUUAUUAGCCUGGUGUAAAAGACACGCGUCUAACGCGAAAACACGAACACGAUUACCGGAAGGCCAAGUUGAACUCCCCAACCACUGUUUGAAAUGUCCGUACAUCGAGGUUCAUCUGGCAAAAAUGUCCGUCCCUCAUUGUCGAACCAGCCCUGAUGAAGCCACCUUGCUGCACGCGAAAGCCCACAAAAGAAAAUUCAAUUUUUCUCUCGGUUAUUCCUUUGCGUGGGCACUAAUAUUUGAAGGUUGCUUUUCAACGCUGUAUCAUUUUUGCCCUACAAGGUUGACUUUUCAGUUCGAUACAGCUUUUAUGUUUGUCAUCGCGGGUUUAAUUGUCCUGUCAUUGUACAAUGGCCUUAGCUUUAAGGCGUGUACAGCUGAUGGGGAGAUGAAAAUGCCUGUCGAGGCAACUAGUUAUUUUCUUUAUUUUAUAGUUCCUUUAUAUGUGUUUAAUUAUUUAGGGUCACUCUAUUACGAAGACAGUCUAAGCUCGGCCAUGGAAAUUUUGUUCAUAAUUUUUCUGGUGAUAUAUUUACUCCUUAUCUUUUUGUGGGCGGCCAGAAAGCUGUUUUGCGACGUAUCGAGCUUGAGCGACUUGAGAAAGUGCGAUGCUUUAACCAAGGCUGCCUUUUUCAUCCUAGUCUUUGUACUAGUUGCUAUCGCUCUUCCCCUAGAGUUCAAAAAAAAUAUCCCUGAAAUCUUUUUGUUUAGCUGUAUCAUAACAUCAUUGCUUGCCAUUUUUGGCCAAGUGGGGGUUAAAUUCUGGAAAAGCGAUAAAACCCAUUGGAGCAUGCAGAAAAUAGCCUAUCUUGUUUUCCAAGGAUUGUAUGUGCUAGUCACGCUAGGGGUUAUGGGAACUGCAGUCUGGAUUUUCAGCGCUAAGGCGACGAGUGAUAAGACAGAGUCUCCUCAAUUAUCACGUGAUCUGAACCACGACUGCGUGGUUGUGGGGUUUUUUGACUAUCACGAUUUGUGGCACAUUCUCUCCUCGUUUGCUCUUCUCAUGGGAGCUUAUUUGGUGUUGUACAUUAGUGAAUAACGCCUCUAUAAGAGCAGGCCCAUGGCAAGCACAAGAGAUAAAUAUUUGGCCCUCGCAAUCAAGUGCAUGGAACGCGAAUUAUUUUUCACCUCCUGGUAGCACGCUCAGGUUUAAACUGUGCGAAGAAACACUAGUUACUAACACAGAAAUUUAUCUAUGAACUAGCAACCUCAUAAAAAAGCUAGCAUCCUGGUAGAUGCAAAAGUCUUCCCGGGAGAUUUAUACUGUUUGCUAUCCGCUCUGUUAAACUUCCGUUGAGUUCUUAUCCCAAGGAGCAAUUUGGCAAAACAGCGUGGUUAAAGAAAAGGAACUGGACGAUUUUUAAGAUGCAACGGUAAAAGCUUGGUUAAAGCAGACCAGACGAAAUGAAACGAAGAAGCGUGAUUUUUAGUACUCAAGAAUAUUUAACUAACGUUCUGUUUUCUUUUCUCAUUUAUACUACUGAACAAACUUACAAACCAGUAGUUGCCGUAUGAUUUUCGUGUGAAACAAAUUCUAAAAGAAUGAACAUGUUUUUUCAAAACGCUUU